AGUUGCGAUUCUGCGGGGUUUUUGUCAGUCAACGUCUCUUUCGCCACAACCUAAGCGCGUGCACCUAGGUUAGGACAGCGGCGAACUCUGCGAUGGAUUCCCGCGGAAGGCGGGAGCGCAGGAAGAACCGGUUCCCGGCGCGCGCUCCGCGGCUUCGCAGAUGCGCCGCGCGACACGAACCUGCGCGCACCGCUCCGCACCUGCUGGGAACGCGCCACACGCCGCACGCGACGCGGGACACGGGACACGCCGGGGGGACGCGAGGCGCGGGCCGGUGCGCGCGUUCUCCACGCAGGCUGACACAAUGCCAGUGGUCUCUGGAACGGCUCUGCUCACCCUCACUUACUUUAUGAUCCGUCUCCUAGCGGGGGUUCGGUGCGACGGACUGACCUAUGAGGAAGCAGCCAAGCUGUCCAGCUACAGUGUGGUUCGUCCUCUCCUGGUCCCUCACAUGUGGAAGAGACAUGUGGACGGUGUUGAGGAGCCAGAACAGGAAACUGAAAAGAACAGUGUGCGGUAUUCUUUAAGCAUUAAUGGCAAGCCUCACCUUCUCCAUCUGGAGAAAAACAAAGACUUCUUAGCAAAAGGCUUCGUUCAGUAUUCUUAUGACGAUAACGGUAAUCUUAUUACCUCAUAUCCUGGAGUGCACAGGGAGUGUCAUUACCAUGGGUAUGUGGAAGGACAUGAAGAUUCACUGGUGGCUCUCAGCACAUGUAAGGGGCUCAGGGGUGUCAUUUUUAUGGGCAGUGACAGUUAUGGAAUUGAGCCAGUCAUCCAUUCCAGAACCAAUGAACACUUUCUGUUCCCUCUGAUGCGCAGUGAGCAUGAAGCGUCUAUUUGUGGAGUGACGAAUGAAAUGUCCCACUCCGAUGAGCACACCCUUUCAAUGACCAAGUUUUUCCGAAAAAAGCGUAAUUUACCCCAGACAAGAUAUAUUGAGCUGGCGUUGGUUGUGGACAAGAACAGAUAUGACUUCAAAAAAGGGAACAUGACGGCAAUAAAUGAGGAAAUGGUGACACUGGCAAACCUCAUGGAUGGGUACUACAAGGAGCUGAACAUCCGGGUGGCCCUGGUGGGGCUUGAAGUCUUGUCGUCGGGAAACCCGUUCAAUGUGACCGGCUCUGCGGGGUCUGUAUUGGGCAACUUCGUAAACUGGCGGAAGACAAGUCUGUCACCACGCAUUAGGAAUGAUGUGGCCCAACUUGUUGUAGGUCUACCAUCCUCCUAUCCUGGGGGAAUCCUGGGAAUGGCGUUCGUGGGUACCGUGUGCUCUGCAUCCACCAGCGGGGGAAUAAGCGUGUACAGUGACAACUCGCUGUCCUACUACUCCACCAUCAUGGCCCAUGAAAUGGGACACAAUCUGGGCAUGAGCCACGAUGACACGCGCUGCCAAUGUAAUGGAUCAGCCUGUAUUAUGUAUUCCUAUGCCAGUGGCUCUACUUUGUUCAGCCAGUGCAGUGGAAACGACUUUGAGUCGUUGAUUCUGCAGGGUGGGGGAAUCUGCUUGAAUAAUAUGCCCACGAAUGUCAUCAGUCUGCCAUCGUGUGGCAAUGGCAUAGUGGAGAGCGGCGAGCAGUGCGACUGCGGCACCCCCCAGGAGUGCACCAACAAGUGCUGCAACCCCAACACAUGUCAGUUGACUAGAGGCUCUACCUGCGCAGUAGGGAGCUGCUGCAGUAACUGCCAGGUCAUGGUCGCUGGAACACCGUGCAGAUUGUCUGUCGAUGUCUGUGACCUGCCAGAGUUCUGCACUGGACAGUCCGGGAGCUGCCCCAGUGACUACUACCUCAUGGAUGGGACCCCCUGUCAAAACUACUCUGCCUACUGUUACGAUGGCCGCUGCCAGACCUAUGACUUCCAGUGCCAAUAUCUCUUCGGCAACGGUGCAAAAAAGGCAGCAGAUAUCUGUUUCAAUGUAAUCAAUGCCAAUGGGGAUAAGUUUGGAAACUGUGGAAUGCAAGGAUCGAGUUACGUGAAAUGUUCACAGGCCAAUUCCAUGUGCGGCAAGGUCCAGUGCACCAAUGUGAACGUCAACUCUCCGCCUCCAGGGGGAUCCGUCAGCAUACAGGUCAUUCAGGGUGCCAGCUGUGUUAACGCAGACUUCAAUCUGGGCUCGGAUGUCCGAGACCCUGGCUAUGUCCACCCGGGUAGCAGCUGUGCCCCAGCGAAGACCUGCAUUAACUUCCAGUGUGUGAACGCCACAGCACUGGCACCCAACUUGACUUGUAAUGCUCAGUCAACCUGCAAUAGCAAUGGGGUGUGCAACAACCUGGGGAACUGUUACUGUAAUGACGGCUGGGCACCACCCUGGUGCAACAAAGCUGGCUUUGGGGGCAGCAUCAACGGCGGCCCUGCCCAGAUAGACUAUUCCCUCAGGAACGGCUUGCUGAUCUUCUUCCUCCUUGUCGUUCCUGUCCUCAUCCUCAUCAUUUUGGCAUUGCUGUAUGUGUUCAAGCGUGACUUGAUGAAACAGUGCUUUAGGAGGAGACUCCCCAGGUUGCGAACCCCAGCCAAUAAUAACGCCAAUGGGAAUCUGCAAAGAAAUGCAACUCCAGGACCUCAAACACAGGAUCCUGAAAGACCACAACAGACAACACCCAGAUACCCAGCACCUGUCCUGGAUCCAUUGCCUAGGUAUGAAGAGGUGAACUACGGCAUCCGGCCAGAUUUGGAGCGGACAACUCCCAAACCAGCACAGAAUCAGGGGCCUGGUGUCCCGAAACCCAUCCCCCCGAGAAAAGACCCACCUGUAUGAGGUCACAGAAGACAUGACAGCUGGCUGUGGAACAAAUCUGCUCACAUUUAUGUCUGAUUUUUGGACUUUUAUUUGUGCACUCUGUAAAAUAUGUACAAUGCCAGCUUUU